GUGGCGUUAAGCAGACGCCAUAUUGCUCGGAAAUUCGUUCUAGUCCGAUUGGAACGUUGACGAAAAUCUCGUCAAAAUGAGUGACGACGAAGCCGAUGUCGACAUCGAAAGCGACGCAGAGAAAAGAGCACACCAUAAUGCACUUGAACGUAAGCGGAGAGAUCAUAUAAAAGACAGCUUCAAUUCCCUCAGGGAUGCCGUACCAAACCUUGAAGGGGAAAAGGCAUCAAGAGCCCAGAUCUUGAACAAAGCUACAGAGUACAUUCAGUUCAUGCGACGGAAGAACAACUCACAUCAGUCGGACAUCGACGGUUUGAAGAAACAGAACACUCUUCUAGAUCAACAGAUUCGUCAGAUUGAGAAGAGUCCCGGCGACGCACAGGUCGUCAGCAACGGCCUAGCCCUCCUCACAAACCCCAAAGGGUCCACCGUCUCUGCCUUCGACGGGGGCUCGGGUUCAGACUCCGACUCGGACUCGUCAGAAGAGAGAUCCCGCAUUCCACCAAAGAGGUUAAAAAUGGCUACAUCCAGCGACAGUUCGCCCAGCAGCGGGUCCAUUUCCAUGUCUAGUGCAAACUUAUUGCCAGUCAAUACCAAGACAUGAUCUUAAGAAAUGUCUUUAAUUUAAGAAAAGUAAUUAAGCCAGUUGUUUUUUGAGAGUGCCCAUACUUUUCUUGUAAGUCAACGUUGAAUGAUGCCGAUUUCGCUUGUGUGAUAAUGAUGACAUAUUGCGAUAAGUCCAGGUUUUGCAUGUUGGAACAAUUUAAAGGCAAGUUCAUCAGUAUGCAACUGGUAAGGGUCUGUAGUACCUCCAAAAUUGCUAAAACCUGUCACCAUUCCUAUAGAUGUUGGCAGUAAGGCUCGAUCACAGGACAGUUGAUCAUGGCUUCUUUCAAAAAGAAACUUAACCUCAGAAAACGAUUUGUAUAAAAACAUCUAUUAAAAAAUGGAAUGUGCCACAUCCGUGAAUCCCUUCUAUACAUAUAGACCAUAAAGGGACACUUCAAACAAUACAGUUCUAAAGCUCAAGGUUUUUUAUUUUGGUAAAUUUAAAAAUAAAAACUACUGUUUAGAAGGAUGUCACUAGUCAUGAGGAAAGUAUGGGUAGUAGCAAAAUCACAUUUUCCCCGUCAAUCACAUUUGGUACUAUGUUUUUCUUGUCGCUAAUAUUGAUAUCUGGAGAUGUAUGGAACGUUAGUCUGUGUACAUUUAUCUAGGUGAGUGUGUGCCUAGCUGUACUGACCACUAGGUAUUGCAUACGUAUCAUAGCUUUCGAGGAAUCUGUGAAAUAUAUUUGGGUUUCUUUUAGAUAUUUCAUUCGGUGUGAUGUUUGUGUGUGUGUGUUUAUGGAAUGUUUCUUGUUGAUAGGGUUUGCACGACACUGUAUGCUGCCCACAGUGUCUGAUGCAAUUACUCUGUUAUUGUUUAACUGCAUGCCUACUACCCAGUAAAAGGUGAGCGAGCAAAUUUACAAAAAAAUCAGAGAUUUGUGUCAGAAAGGACCAUGUGGUUGCCAAAUCUCAAAGACUGACUUAACUGGGUAUGUUUGUAUGCUAAACAAAUGGGAGAAGGUGUCCAAGAAAGGUAUGCAAUUUAUAAUUGGGACGAUAUCCCUUUUUGUGCAAAAUUUUCCUUUUCUUAGCACUUGUUUGUCAACCUCUGAUAGUGAUUUGUACAGCAAACAAAAAUUUGUCACUCCAAGACUUUUUCCUAUGGAUUAAAAAAAAAAUGUAAUAUAUUACCUUUUUACUCUGACAGUAUUAAACCAAGCAGACUUUUCAGUUA